UUGAGGUAAUAAUGCUCAUGGCGUGGAAGGAUGUUGAGGUGGGGUCUGAGAAAAUGGACCAGAUCAGACAUGAACUUCACACGCUUUUGAGAGGUCUUAGAGCGUUACCUAUCAAUCUCCCUGGAUUCACAUACUACAAGUCCAGGAAGGCCAAGCUGGUUCUUGUGUCUCUCAUGCUGAAGUCAAUCGCAAAGAGGAGAGAGGCUAAUAUCGAGUUGAAUGAUUUUAGGAAUAAUUUGAUGAAAAUGACGGCGAUUGAAGUGCCUGAUUAUGACAUAUGCUGCAUCAUGGUCGUCUUCAUGUUUGCUUCUACUGAUACCACAUCCGCUUUAAUAUCUUGGGUUGUGAAAUACCUCCAUGACUUUCCAGAAGUACGUCAACGAGUGCAGGUGAGCAUUAGAUUUCGAAUAAAACCAUGAACAUGCUGUUAAGCCCUCUCUUAACAAUGAGACUACACUGGUAUUAGUUUGUUCAAACGUGAACUAUCUCUCGCUUUAAGAAUAGUUCCCUUCUAUGACGUUCAAUUUCCUCGCUUGUCACACUCCUAAAACCAAGUUAAUCAUAGAUAAUAAUUUGCACUCAGAUUCAGAUCUGGUGAUGUCAUAAGCACUUGUUGGAUGCAUUCAGUAUGAACAAGACUUCAUUUGGGAAAAAGAUGGUUGAAGACAAGUCAUUAACUUGGUUCAAGCCGAAGAGCAGCAUGUCUUACACUUUGCAAGCAACUGUUCGGACCUCUGGCCCUAUAAACAUAGAAUUACUGAUCACCAACUACUCAAUCAUGCCACUGUUUUUGAUCUUUGGUUAUUGUUCUAUAUGUUGGGUUAGAGGUAGAAGUCGUGUUAAACCCGCUUAGCUCAAAGGUUUGGAGCAGUCCUCGAUUCUCUCUACUAAUUUGGCAAUUACUGGAGGUAACUUGCAGGUUAUCUACGAGAUUCUGAGAGUUGAGACACUUGUUUUGUUUCUUCCUAGGAGAGCCACCACAGAUUAUCAACUUCAAAGGUAAAUUUUGCUGCUAUGGUGAAUCCCUACUCCGCACCCUUACGUUGAGCCGCUUGUUCUCCAUUUCAUUCUGAACUGUUUACGUCCACCCAGGCUUUGUCUUUCCAAAAGGUUCAAAAGUUUGGGCAGCGACAAGUUCACUUCAGCUCAAUCCAGAGAACUAUUGAAAGCCCCAAAUGUUUCGAUCCAUCCAGAUUUGAGGUACUUGAGAAAAGCAUCACAACCAAAAGAAGUCGACCAUUAGGAAAAUUUUCUUUACAUUUUAUUGAAGGCAUUAAUUCAUGAUUCUGAUUACCCUAUGAAGCUUUCUCAUGCACACAAGAACAACCUUGAGAUUCACAUGCCUUACACAUGAUAGAGACGCCGGUUCUCUGUACUUCAUCAUCUUAGAUACUUGUGAACUAUAUUUUCAAUUUCACUAGUAGAGAUCUGGGCACCAUUUAACUCUGUUUAACGUGAACGAACGUAUUUUAACGGAAAUAGAAUUCUACUAAAAAUAACGUUUCCCCCUUUUU